CGUGCUUUUGCCAUCGCCAACUUUCACAUCCAGUAAGCGCCGCUAUGUCCGUGUCGUCACGAUUCGUCUGCAGUGCUUGCAGAGUUGCUGCGAGGAGCGUCGUUGCACCCAGCCCAGCCAUCAAUGGCUUCGCAAUUCGCUCCCCCAAAGCUGCCUAUGCCGGGAGGAGUGCCUUCAGCACCAGCGUCUCACGAAGAAAAGACAAGCAGGAACCAACCAACGACGACCCCGAAUUCGCAUUCAUCGAUGCCAAAGACCCUGUCGAGACCUUCACAGACGCAAAAGACGCAACUGCUGUACCCGAGUCCGCCCUCCAGCCCGAACAUUCGCCAUCAGCUAUCACCGAGUCCCUGGGCGAUGCCGCACCCACACCCUCUCCAGCCGCUGGAGCCAUACCAUGGUACCUCCGCCAGCAAUCUGCACCCCGGGCUCCCGUGCAAGCCGUCUCGAUCCCGGACCUGCCCAUCAAUCCACCCCCGAUUCUCGCCGAACUGCUCGAGUACAUCGCCGUAACCGCAGGUCUCGACGACCUCACGCUGCUCGACCUGCGCCAUCUCGACCCCCCGCCCGCGCUGGGCCCAAAGCUCAUCAUGCUCAUCGCAACCGCCCGUUCGGAGCGCCACCUGCACGUCGCCGCCGACCGCUUCGCGCGCUGGCUGCGCCGCGAGCACGGGCUCAAAGCGAACGCCGCCGGCCUCCUCGGGCGCAACGAGCUCAAGAUCAAGCUGCGCCGGAAGGCGAAGCGGAUGCGCAUGCUGGCCAACGUCGGCGGCACGCUGCCCGAGGGCAACAUCGACGACGGGAUACGCACGGGCUGGAUCUGCUGCACCUUGUCCAAGGUCGACGCGCACCCCGAAGACACGCACAUGCCGGGUGACGACGUGGUCGAGUUCGUCGGGUUCCGCGAGGGCAAGCCCGGCGUCAAUAUCGUGGUGCAGAUGUUCACCGAGGAGAAGCGGGCCGAGACCGACCUGGAGACGCUGUGGGGCGGUGUGCUGCGGACAAAGAAGCGGGAGGAGAGGAGUGCGGACGAGCAGCUCGCGGAGCUGGAGCGCGACCUGGAGGAUCUAGAGACGGACGAUGUAGAGGAGCGAACUGCGAACCUGCGGCAGCAGGCCGCCGACGCGGAAGACGCUGAGAGCAAGCCGCACCAGCAACCUGCAACCCCGAUGCAGCAGUUCCGCAGACCGAAGCCGAGCGCGGGCGACGCGUUUCCAGACGCAGCGCAAGUCCCGAGCGCCAAGCAGAUGAGAGGCCAGAUGCGCAGGCUGCACACCAUUGGCCUGGGACCAUGAGUCUGGAACGAGGGUGUUUUUGUACCACACUGUACCAUAUGCAAGAUACCCAUAGAAUCUGGACGUAGACGAGCUGUAAGAUAUGUAGAAAGAGAAGGCUUUGCAGAUAUAGUCUCACGACGUCUCGAUUCGGUUACCACUUGGACAUUACGCUGAUUGAACUCGA